GUCAAGAUCAUACGAGACGAGUCUUCCCACUUUCAGACCGAUAACGAGAUAUGUGGUUUUACCACUCGUCAUCCUGUCGGUAUUAGUGAAGACGACGUAUAGAUGAAGUCGUCAUGAACAUGUCGAAGUAAUGCUGAUCCAACGAUUUGGAUGACAGCGCUAGUUUACAGUUGACGUGCGCAUAGUUUGCGCAGUGGCAAUCGUAAAGUGGAUAAGUAUGAGAUACACGAAGAAUAGUAGAAAUUACCCUGUACCCAAAGCGGGUACUAGGACUCUAUGUAAGUACUGCCAAAUCCCUGUAAUUCAAAGACGGCCGAAGAAAUAUCUUGCAUUAUGUGGUUAUAAACCAUCAUGUAUUAGGUCCCACUAAGUACCCCUUAACUAGAUUAAUUCAACCGCCGAUUACAUAGCUUAUGUAUCAGGGACAUACGGGUAUAGCGGAGCUUCGCAAAAGCUUACCUAUAGGCACCUAGUUCGUGGCCUAUAGAUAUGGUAGUGCUAUAUAAUAACCUCGUUGACCCCCUUCGUUGGAUUUGUAGGAAAUGAUCAAGCCAAGUACUCCGCAUUGAUUCUUAUUCUAUUUGAUUCCUCUGACUUUCUCUCCAAAUUAUUGUCUUGAUAUCUUUUCUGAAUCCUUGAAACACUGGUCAUGCAGGCUUCCUCUAAAUACCCAAGCGAUGUUGAGCACCAGUCUGUUCCAAAAAAUGGCAAUCCAAGGCUCGUUAUCGACAGCGAUGAGAUAGACAGUAGCUUGGAAGACCACUCGGCUUACGAGGUCUUUUGGUCAAAGGAUGAUCCUGAGAAUCCCAAAAAUUGGUCUGCGUUGCACAAAUGCGUAACCAUUUUCGCCAUGGGUUAUAGUGCCACAGUUGUUAGCCUAUUCAGCACAUCAUAUACGGUUGGCAUCAUAGGACUGCAAGAGGAAUUCCAUAUCUCCAAACUAUUGGGCUUUCUCGGCGUCACUACCUACCUCUUUGGCAUGGCAGUAGGAAGCAUUGUUCUUGCUCCGCUGAGUGAGAUGUACGGGCGCCGGCCGAUAUAUAUUGUUUCUGUCGGUUUGUUCACCAUUUUCGUGUUGCCCUCUGCAUUGGCAAAGAACAUUGAGACAAUCCUGAUCACACGUUUCUUUACCGCUUUCUUCGGCAGUGCUAUGAUGGCAAACUCUGCUGGCACGGUGACUGAUAUUAUCUCUGAGCGACACCGAGCAUUGGCUUUCGGCUUUUGGUCUCUUGGUCCUACGAAUGGACCCGUUAUCGGACCGAUUAUUGGAGGUUUCAUUUUCGAGAGUCUCGGUUGGAGAUGGCUUAAUUGGUUCAUCAUGAUUCUGGGUGGCGUUGCAUUUUUACUGGUCUCAGUUAUCGAGGAGACCUAUGCUCCAGUUAUUCUACGCAAACGGAUGAUUAGGAAGAGAAAGGAGACGGGAAAUGUCAAGUGGUGGAGUCGUUAUGAUAGUCAAGUGGAAUUCACAAGCCAUUUCUGGACCAAUAUAACUAGGCCGUUGACUAUGAUGGUAAUGGAGCCUAUCUGGUGCGAACCCCCUUCUUCCACGAUUUUUAUUGCCUUUCCAAACUUGCAGCUAAUCAAUAUUACUACACAGUGUGUUUUGGAAUUUUUAUACCGCAUUAGUCUAUGGUGUCCUAUACCUCUGCUUUGUUGCCUACCCACUUGCCUACCAGAAGUACCGUGGCUGGUCUCCUGGUAUUGGAGGUCUUGCUUAUCUUGGCAUAGGGUUUGGAUCUAUUAUUACCAUUGCAUUGGAGCCGAUUCUGCGAAAGAUCAUUUCUUCUCACAAGAAGGACGACACUGGAAAUGUGCCCCCUGAAGCAAUGGUAAGCGUCAUCUGUUUAUCGGCUGUUCUGCUAGCGGUAGGGCAAAUUUGGUUUGCUUGGACGUCCACUCCAAAUGUGCAUUGGAUCGUACCAAUUCUGGCUGGUGUUCCAUUUGGGGCUGGAAAUGCGGGUGUCUUCAUAUACAUGAGCAGCUACAUUGUACAUUCCUAUAAUAAUUAUGCGGCAUCGGCUUUGGCAGGGAAUGUAGUACUGCGCAGCAUCUUUGGAGCUAUUCUACCUCUCGCUGGGCCUUCUAUGUAUGCUAGUUUGGGGUUGAAUUGGGCAGGGUUUCUCCUCGGCAUGUUUGAAGUGGUCUGUAUUGCUAUUCCGGUUGUGUUUUACCUCUAUGGACAUCACAUCCGUGAACGUAGUAUUAUGAUCCGACGAAUGCAGAUUGAAAAAUCAAUAUAAUAUCAUUAGAAUAAUGGAAUUUAUUUAAUACUAGCUUGGAGAAAUUUUUGAAAUAUUGAUCC